UAGGCGCUGUUCCAACAGCAAGCUGCAAAACACAAAUCGAUUGUUUAUUUUGUGUUUGUUUACAUUUUUCGAGCGAACAAAUGGCUUCGACUUUGCUAUCACCUAUGGUGGAUUAUUACAACGAUGAAGAGGAGCUCGAUAGCGUGGACGACGACGAUGACCGGAGUUUCAGGGGAAGAGAUUCAGAAGAAGACACAGAAGAUGCCAGUGAAACAGAUCUUGCCAAGCACGACGAGGAUGACUAUGUUGAAAUCAAAGAGCAGAUGUACCAAGACAAACUGGCCUCUCUGAAAAGACAGUUACAGCAAUUACAAGAAGGUACACUGCAGGAGUAUCAGAAGAGGAUGAAAAAGCUGGACCAGCAGUACAAAGAGAGACUCAGAAAUGCAGAUUUGUUUCUCCAGCUCGAGACAGAGCAGGUGGAGAGGAACUACAUCAAGGAGAAGAAGGCGGCAGUAAAGGAGUUUGACGAUAAAAAGGUUGAACUGAAAGAAAAUCUAAUUGCAGAGCUGGAGGAGAAGAAGAAGAUGAUCGAGAACGAAAAAUUAACAAUGGAGCUGACGGGCGAUUCGAUGGAGGUAAAACCUAUCAUGACUCGGAAGUUGAGGCGACGGCCAAAUGAUCCGGUCCCAAUACCAGACAAACGGAGAAAACCGGCACCAGCUCAGCUAAAUUAUUUGUUAACAGAUGAACAGAUAAUGGAAGAUCUAAGAACACUUAAUAAGCUUAAGUCACCAAAACGGCCAGUGUCUCCCUCGUCUCCAGAGCACGUCCCCUCCGCUCCCAUGGAGAACCCCUCCCAGCGUUACGAGGCCCGCAUCGAGGAGGGGAAGCUUUACUACGACAAAAGAUGGUACCAUAAGAGCCAGGCCAUCUACCUGGAGUCAAAGGACAACACAAAGAUUAGCUGUGUCAUCAGCUCAGUGGGGACCAAUGAGAUUUGGGUGAGGAAGACGAGUGACAGUACAAAGAUGAGGAUCUACCUGGGACAGCUGCAGAGGGGAGCGUUUGUCAUCCGUCGACGGUCGGCUGCGUGAAACAUUACCCCCACCCCCCACCCAACCCCCAUCUGUUCAUUUAUCCAUCCAUCCACCCGCUCGUUCAGCCCGUUUCCCUAUUUGGUGCAUCUCAGUUGAGUUUGACAUGUGGCCUCUUAUUCUUCAUCAUACACACUAACCCCUCCUUACACAAACACACACACAGAAACACAGUCUUCCAGGGCCAAAAAUACCUAGAGAUUUUUCAACAUAAACCAAAUGAUAGUACAGUAAAAGGGGUCAUAUGCUGACUGUUUCCCAGCAUUAUUUGUCACUAUGUGGCAUGUGUAUGAAGGAGGUUUUCUGAAUCUUUUCCACACCAUGCAGUCCUUUUCCACUUACCAUUAAGUUAUUUUGUCUCGAGCAGCCUCACGUUGUCCCACAGUCCUCACGCCUUUCAAAGUGUGUCACUGGUGACAUGUAACACAGCAAGCACUGAAAAACAGACAAGGAGAUGCUUUAAAUCCAGCUGAUAAUCAUGAAUGACUGAUGUUACAGUUUCCUUACAGCAGGAGUCAUUUUUCAAAAGAAUAUGCCUUUUGCACUGUCACCAAGAAAUGGCUGCUUGCUAUGCUGACGGUUCGUCCUAAUAACAUGUUUAAAAAGUUAGAUGUAUUAAAACGUAAAUUUCUUAUUUGAAAAAAAAGUAUUUUGAGGUUUUUAUGUUAUUUUUUUGCCAUUUUAUGUGAGCCUCUCCAUGUGUGAACGAUUUGGAUUAGUUCAGACUGUAUUUGCAUGUGGAGCGCUAAGUUAAUUGUUGAUUUGUACUGUGUUUCAUUUUAUUAAAAUGUUCUCUGCAUUUUAUUAA